AUGAUGCUUCCCGGCGGUCCAAGGUCUAGGGAAAUCCUAGCCGCCGGAGAUCCGACAAAGUCGCGAAUCGAAAGAGACAACGCAGAGAUCGAUAUGGUCUUUUUACAAUGCGAUGACGCAACAACGCGACCUACCCUAACAUGUGAAGGUUUGGUUUGCAUCCCUGUCCCAGAUUAUGUCAAUGUGUUGAACCCUACGACCGGAGAAUUCCUUAGCUUCCCUUCCGGUCCAAUUCACCACCAUGACCACGAAAUCGUACCCAAAAGACCAUGGUUUAUCAAAUUCCCUGGAUGUUGGGCGAUGGGAUUCGGUAGGGACAAAUUUAAUGGAAGCUAUAAAGUAGCGAGGAUGUUGUUUGAUGAUAACCGUUUCGAAAUUCUUGAUGUUAACAUCGGGCAAUGGCGAAAAUUGAGACCGCCUCCUUACCAGAUUGACGCGGAAAGGAAAUCAGCAUCUGUGAAUGGAUCAAUCUAUUGGUUAAAGCUUAGGCGUGAAUAUAAGAUACUAGCUUUGGAUCUUCACACACAAGAGUUCCAUGAUGUCCCGGUACUUCCACCGCAUAGGUACACAAGUGCAUCUCAGAUAGUGAACCUUGAAGACCGUCUAGCCGUAGUCGACACAUGUUUUCAUCCUGAAUGGAAACUAGAGAUAUGGAUCAUGGACGCACAAGAAGAAAACUGGACCAUGACUUAUAACAUAAGUUUAUCCCCUAGACUUGUUGUACAACUUUACCCGGCGACAAGGUGGUUCAUACCUGUGGCGGUUUCUAAGCAAGGGAAUCUUUUCUUCUAUGACAAUGAGAAGAAUUUGUUCAUAUAUUAUCCAGAGAUAGACUCCUUCGAUUGUCUUUCUUCAAACAUUUUUGUUAUAUCUCCUUUCGUCGAAAAUUUGGUCUCACUUCGUUUACACCAAGGAUGUGGUGUCGGUGUCAUGACAUAUGGGUACGGACAUGGACUUCGAUAUCUAGAUCAGGUACCUGGCUCAUGUAUAUCCACUAUUGCCAGACGGAUCGAAUCGCGGAUUCCUGAUAUUUUGCUUACCUCUACUUUAGCGUCUCUAAUUAUUUUUGGUUAUUAUAAGUAUCGUUCUUGA